UUGCAGGCUUGAAGAAGAAAUUAACUCUCCACUUCCUCUACAACUAGAACCCUUGCCUUUGUCAAGAGAGGUUUUAUGUACUUUGCCCGUUGUUGGAUCCAUCUUGAGGAUGACAUUUGAUGCAGACCUUGUGAAAAGUCAUUUACACCUUUUAAAUGUUGAUAAAUGGGUCAAGUUUAUGAAUAUGCGUCUUAAGGUGGCUGAUGGACUAUGGCUCGGCGUUUUUACCCCUCAAUCAAAACUUCAAUAUACACCAAAUGAGGACGGUCUGAUUGUUGAACGUCAAAGGUUGUCUGAAGAGUGGCUAUUCCCUAAGCCUUCAUUUAUUACAGAAGAAGUUAAUCAAGAUCAUGCUAUCCCUGUUACUUUAAUGACUGUCCUCACUCAUUCAGAGGUGACUGCUAAAUUCAAGUGUGUUGUUCGAGUGGUAGCAGCAACGCCAUGCCAAGCUGAAAAUCUGUUAUCUAGUACUGGGGAAUAUAGAAUGCGGCUUACACUAGAGGAUUCAACAGCUAGAAUUCAUGCUUUUGUAACUGCCAAGGAUGGGGAGGUUCUUUUUGAUGGUUAUCCGGACAUUGAUGAGUUGACAAGGAAGCUAAACAUAUUACUUGGAGUAAAUGAGGUAAAGGAUGCUCCAAGAAAUCCACCAUGGGUUUGUGUUUGUCUCAAGUCAUUUUGUGUCUCCAAAACUGAUGUAUGGAGCAGUAGAACCUUUAAAAUAUUUGACACCAAAAUAGUGGGAGAUACAUGACAUUCUUUUAAAGGCAAUAUGUGGUAGGACGUGUUUAUAGGUAUCCUAGAAAAUGCAACUAUAUUUUGGUUAGAAAGAUAGAAUGUGCUCAUGUACAUAGAAAUCCUGGAAACUCAUUUUUUGUUAUCUUCCAGGGCUCUUAUAUACUGUAGUUUAAAUGUAAAUGUGCAGAUGAAAUGUGCAGAUUAUAUUACAAGUGUAUAUUUUGGUGAGAAAUGUAUUCAUGCACAUGUCAAGUAUUUAAUAUGAUUAUUACCAUGCUGUCUUAUUA